AAACGUUUCGGCCCCCGCUGCAGAGCCUCAUGGGCAGCAUUUGAGAAGGAAGGGCUGUAGUAUAUUAAGUUGAGAAAUAACCCAUAUCAAUAGCCUUCAAAUGUUCUAAUUACACCGAAUCACUUCAAACACUUGCAGACUCAACCAAAAUGGGGUUUCCAUAUUAUUGGUGGAGUCCCCAGGAUAAAGCGGUUUAUAGUUUGAAGGACCCCCUUGUGGUGCGAAACAUAUUCACCACUAUUUACGUCGUGCUAAAUGCUGGAAUCUCCUUAAUCGGUACCUAUUAUCUAAAGCGAUCAGCCCAACGAAUCCUCCUCCAAAAACGAAACGGGAAACACAGAACUGUGCCAGUGAAUCACCUAGUCUCAUGGCUCACACUAGGUUCCUUCGCAAGCUAUGUGAAGGCAGUACGGAAGAUACCUGGGGGAGGUUUUGGACUCCUUAUGAUCUGGACGGGUAUUUUCAGUCUCAUGCAUCAAUACUUUACGAACAGCUUCAUAAGCGCCGUGAGUCUGGUUAAUACUUGUCCGUUCGAGAACGGUACUAUCACCACUUACAGCACCGAGCCAAUCGUUCCAGCUACAACAUGGCCGGUAACACGUCUCGUCUAUGAGGCUUACUUGGCAGCUCAAAACAACGGUGGAGAGUUCGGAAUAUACGAUAAAAUUAAUUACAACGCAACUCUCUUUUGGCCUCAAAAUGAAGACAUAUUAGGCGCAUGGGACUGCACACAAGAAGCGAAUGGGAUCAUCUCGCCAUCGGACUGGAGUUCUUCAAAUUCAUUGACUUCUUGGAUCGAUAGUCAGCCUUUCUUUGGGUUAAAUUAUACAUGGUCUCAGAAUGGCGGAAGCUUCGUGGACACUGGUGCUAUUACUGGGUUUCUUGUCUGGAGCGCAUCCACUGCAACAUCAAAUCUGGAGCAGUCAGACUUGCAUGCUAUAAUUCUUGACGCAAUAUCUGGCGAUAGCCCUCUUGAAACUUCAAACUACAAAUGCAAGUUGAUACCCAGUCCAACUCAUACUGACUGGGUGCCGCCCAUGAUGCCCGCUUCUGACACGCUCGGCAAUUGGAGUGAUUUGGCAUAUGGAAUGAUGCAAAAUACAGCUCCAGAAUCUUAUGGAUUUCUAUUACAAAACAUCCUAAACGGCAUGACGAUGAUAUCCGGUAGUGGGAAUCUUGCUAACUCGGUGCUACCAUCGGGUUAUCACAAUACGUAUUACAGCUGUCUUCAACCAGGGACCCACAUUGGAUUAGCGAAUUUCGUUCUACUUGCAGCCCUUACGACACACAUUCUAAGGUCCGAGAGAUUCCUUUGAGCCAGUUAGAUUGGCAACUAGACGCGAUUCGGGAGGCGACUUCUAACCGCGGCCUUUCGGAGAAAGACCUUGUACGAUACGGGUUCGGGUGGAUCGAGGAAAAACAGACUCUAGGGAUUAAAGAGACCUAUUCGGAGGACUCAGAUGUAUCACU